CCCGGCCCGGCCAUGCUGUGCCACGGGGAGGGCCUGCUGAGCUUCCUGACGGCGCUGCUGGCGGUGGUGCUGGCGCUGAGCCGCAGCCCGGUGCUGGCGUGCCUGCUGCCGGCCGGGCUGUACCUGACGCUGCACCUCCUGUCGCUGGAGCCGCCCGAGCCCCGGAGCGCCCAGCGCGUCCUGCAGCCCCGCGGCUCCGCCGCCCGCGUCGCGCACCGCGGCGGCGCCCACGACGCGCCCGAGAACACGCUGGGCGCCAUCAGACAGCUGAGAAUGGAGCAACGGGUGUGGAGGUGGAUGUUGAAUUUACUGCAGAUGGUGUUGCCAUUCUAAUGCACGAUGAUACAGUGGAAAGGACAACUGAUGGGUCUGGAAGACUAUGUGACUUGACUUUUGAUGAAAUUAGGAAGCUUAAUCCAUCUGCCAAACACAGGCUACGGAACAAAUUCCCAGGUGAAAAGGUGCCAACUCUGAGAGAAGGUGUUGUGGAGGCAAUGCGUCACAACCUGACAAUCUACUUCGACGUCAAAGGCCAUGCAGAUCAGGCAGUUGAUGCCCUGAAACGACUCUACCUGGAAUUUCCACAGUUGUAUAACUGCAGCAUAGUCUGUUCCUUCAUGCCAGAUGUUGUUUAUAAGAUGAGACGAGCUGACAGAAAUGUUGUGACAGCACUUACACACCGGCCUUGGCAUCUGAGUUACUUAGGAGAUGGGACACGCCGUUUCAGUUCCUUCUGGAAACACUACUUGCAUGUGGGGAUGGACAUGAUUCUGGAUUGGAGCCUACACAGUUUCUUGUGGCGAUUGUGUGGGGUUUCAGCUUUCCUCAUACAGAAGAAUUUUGUUUCUCAGGACUAUGUGAGUCACUGGUCUUCCAAAGGAAUUCAGGUGGUUCCCUGGACAGUGAACACGUUUGCAGAGAAAAGCUACUACGAAGACGUCCUGGAGUGCAGCUACAUCACCGACAGCCUGGUGGAGGACUGUGACCCUCACUACUGACCCACCCCGCACUCCCUCCCCAGCCUGUCCAUUCACCAUCCACAGGGCAUCCAGCAGUGCCAAUGGAACACCAUAACAAUGGUUCUGGGAAAAGGCAGGGCAGCAGUUUUAUUCUGCCUGUGGUCAAACCUCAAAUGCAGAAAACCCUUCUGGGGCACUGGACAGAGCCACCCACAGUCUGAGGGAACUGCUGUGAUGUGAAAGAAUAAGAUUUGACAAGCAAACUGGGCCAAACCUUGUCUGUGCAGGUGGCUUUAUAAUUCUCUGACUGUUCCUUUGCUGUGUUUAAAUUCUGGUUAUAAAUUCCUAUUAGCAAUUUUUGUUGCCAAAAUUUAAAGUCAUACCUUGAUUUUACUAAUUUUAACAGCACGAUCUAAAACUGUAUAAUAAUUUGAGGUUGAUUCAUGGUGUCUUUAAAACAUCUACAUUACUGUUCUUAAAGCAGAACCUGAAAGUAAUGGUUCCAAAACAGAGGGUGAGUGCAUUUCCCUCCCCUGCAUGGAAAGGUGCUGCAUCCUGACAAGGAAGAAAAAGCCAACUUUCCACGUGGAAUGGGAAGGCUAUGAGAAUUAACAAAUAAAACUUGUUUAGCUUCUUAUCUUCCAGACUUUGCAAAAGAGCUAAGGGAAGAUAGGAAACUGUUUCUUCUAAUGACACAGCACAUGAAUGUAUUUAUUUUUAAAAGAAAGGUACAUAUGGAGUGCUGGUAAGAGGCAGAACAAAUGGAGCUGACAUGUCCUUUUUAGUUUGCUUACUGUUUGCAUGAUUGAAGGGCACUCAAAGGGUUAUGGAAACUGUAAUCCAGAUAUAACUUGAACUCCAAAGAGUCUGCAGUUACAAUAAACAAGUAUCUGAGA